CCACCACCCGCCACGAUGGCCUCCCUGCCGACCGCCGUGCGGUCGACGGCCCCGAAGAUCGCGAAAAGCGCACUGCAGCGCCGGGCCAUUUCCGAUGUGCACAUCACGCGCACCGGCAAGCCUCUCAUCCGCACCCAGGGCGGCCGCUCUUCUCUCGGUGAGCACACAGCUACCGUCUUCGGCGCCACCGGCCAGCUGGGCCGCUAUAUCGUCAACCGGCUAGCGAGACAAGGAUGCACCGUCAUUGUGCCGUACCGCGAGGAGAUGGCCAAGCGCCAUCUCAAGGUGACGGGCGAUCUAGGUCGAGUUGUGUUUCUUGAAUACGACCUGCGCAACACCCAGUCGAUCGAAGAGAGCGUCAGGCAUUCCGACGUCGUUUAUAACCUGGUCGGCCGCAACUAUCCCACCAAGAACUUCUCGCUCGCUGAUGUGCACAUCGAGGGCAGCGAGCGGAUUGCCGAGGCUGUUGCCAAGUACGAUGUUGACCGCUUCAUCCACGUCUCGUCGUACAACGCCAACCCCAAUUCGCCAUGCGAGUUUUUCGCGACCAAGGGUCAUGCCGAGCGGGUGGUGCGAGAGAUCUUCCCCGAAACCACCAUUGUCAGGCCGGCCCCAAUGUUUGGUUUCGAGGACGAUUUGCUCCUGAAACUUGCCAGCGUCGUCAACCUCUUCACGGCGAACAACAUGCAGGAGAGGUACUGGCCGGUGCACGUCAUCGACGUCGGCGAGGCCCUAGAGAAGAUGCUGUUCGACGACAACACGGCAUCCCAGACGUACGAGCUGUACGGCCCCAAGAACUACUCGACGGCGGAGAUCGCCGAGCUGGUCGACCGCGAGAUCUACAAGCGGCGCAGGCACAUCAACGUGCCCAAGGCCAUCCUCAAGCCGGUCGCCGGCCUGCUCAACCGCCUCCUCUGGUGGGACAUCAUGUCGGCCGACGAGGUUGAGCGCGAGUUCCACGACCAGGUCAUUGACGAGACGGCCAAGACGUUCAAGGACCUGGGCAUGGAGCCCAGCGACAUUAGCAAGUGGACCUAUCAUUACCUGAAGGGCUUCCGUUCUUCCACAUUCUACGACCUGCCGCCUGCGACGGAGAGGGAGAUGCGGGAAGAAAAGAAAUACAUUCACGUGCUUGACGACCAGUAAAAUGGCGUUGGGUGUUGGGCGGUUGAG